AGAAACGCUAUUGAAGAAGUCACCGCAUCAAAAGAAUAUUAAACAAGAUUUAUAAUAUUUAAGAAAUUCUAGUUUAUUACAUAGAAUUAAUUUCAUUAUGUCGUCAUCAGUUCCAUCGCCUGAGACUGACAAAAGUCGUAAAUAUGAUCGUCAAAUUCGCUUAUGGGGUGAUCAUGGUCAAAGCUUACUUGAAAACUCUCAGAUCUGUUUAGUCAACGCAAAUGCUUUAGGCACUGAGAUCUUAAAAGGAUUAGUUUUACCUGGAAUUGGCAGUUUUACUAUCAUUGAUCAUAAUCUUGUAACUGACGAAGAUAUUGGAUGUAAUUUCUUUCUUGAGCCUUCAUCAUUAGGGCAGUCACGUGCCAAACAUUGCACAAAAUUUCUUCAAGAACUCAAUCCUGAUGUAAACGGCGAAAGCAUUGAUGAUAAUAUCGACACAAUUAUUGCUAAUAAUCCAGAGUUUUUUAAAAAUUUCUCUGUGGUUGUUUCUUGUGGAUUGAAUGAAAAGUCGUUGAUUAAACUAUCAAAUCUCUUAUGGGAACUGAACAUUCCAUUCAUGUCUUGCCAAUCUGUCGGAUUUCUUGGCUCAGCACGAAUCCAAAUGAAAGAACAUUGCGUCAUUGAAACACAUCCAGAUAAUAAACAUCAAGAUUUACGACUAGAAGAAGCAUUUCAAACGCUCGAAGAACAUGUGUCUAAUAUAAAGUUGGGACCAAAAGUUCCAUGGUUAAUUAUUUUGUAUAAAAAUCUUGAAGUAUAUAGAAAAAAACAUGACAGAAAGAUUCCAAAUACAUAUAAAGAAAAAUCAGAGCUUCGUGAUAUUAUCAGAUCAAGUAUGACAGCUGAUGAAGAAAACUUUGAAGAGGCAAUUAGAUCUGUUAACAGCAGUUUUGGUGGUGGAAAAGUAAAUUCUGAAGUGCAGAAAAUUUUAAAUGAUAGUUGCUGCAUAAAUCUAAAUAAAAAUAGUUCUCCAUUUUGGAUCAUGGCAAGAGGACUUAAAGAUUUUAUAGAGAAAGAUGGCAAAGGAUAUUUACCAUUGCCAGGAACGAUUCCUGAUAUGACUGCUGACACAUCUCUUUACAUAAAUCUUCAGAAUAUUUAUCGCGCGAAGGCAAUCCAAGAUGCUGAUGCAGUAUUUCGUCGAGUUCAACAAUUAUUGAAAGAGCUUAACAAGUCAAGUGAUUGGAUUUCUGAAAAGGACGUUCGACUGUUUUGCCGUGAGGCUGCAUAUAUCUCUGUAACUCGAGGAUCAAAGAUCUCUGAUGAAUAUGAGAAAGGUUCAAAAACUUCAAUGAUUUCUGAUGAACUUGAAAAUCCUGAUUCAUUGAUUAGUCAUUAUGUGGUAUUGCGUGCGAUGGAACGUUUUCAGACUGAGCAUGGUUAUAUUCCUGGAGAAGUUAAUGUUGAAACUGAUCCAGCUCGAAUUAAAAGUCUAGCCACUCGGCUGGUGAAUGAUUGGGGAAUAAGUUCCCAGCUUAACGACGACCUUUUUCACGAAAUAUGUCGAUACGGAGGAGCUGAAAUUCAUUCUAUUUCAUCGUUUCUAGGAGGAUGUUGUGCUCACGAAAUAAUAAAACUUGUAACUCGCCAAUACAAACCUUUCGACAAUACAAUUAUUUAUGAUGGAAUCAAGUCUCAAAGUGAGACCUUUAAGUUUUAAACUUUUUUGCUUUCCUUUUAAUAUUUUUUUGUUUUCAUGGAGUAUAAUUCUGAUUUUUUUGAAAAAUGAAUAAAUAUCUAUGUUCAGAUGCUGAAAAAUAUUUCACCUCUCUAGUGUAUUACCCAAAAAUUAUUUUUUUACCUUAAUUACAGGUAACUAGAAUUAAAAUAUGUUCUUUACUUAUUUCCG